UCUUUGUCGCAACAUCAAAUAUCGCCAUCCAUAUUUCAUAUAUUGGAUUCAAUGUCUCUGAGGCUAGAGAUAUAACCAAAGGACUAAGAAGUAUAUAAAUUUGAUUGUCUGGGUGGGAAGGAUAAUUUUCUCUGCGAUCACACAUAACAAUGAUGCGUGAUGAGGGAAGAGUAGUACCUGUCAUUGAUAUGCAGGAACUUCCGUUUCCGUACGCUAAGCUAAGAGAAGCAUGCCAAGAAUGGGGCUGUUUUCGGGUCAUGAACCAUGGAGUCCCGGUCCUGCUGAUGUCCGAGAUGAAGAGGGUGGCGAGAUCGCUGCUCGACCUCCCAAUCGAGACCAAGAACCAGAAUGUGGAGGUGACGCCAGGGACUGCAUACAUAGCACUCGGGAAGGUGAACUCUAUUUAUGAGUCGCUGUGCCUCUCCGAUCUGAACUCCCCUGAUGCCAUGCAGACUUUCUUUUCCCAGUUGGAUGUCUGUCCUAAGCACAGGGAGGUGAUGGAGACAUACUCUCGAGCAACGUUAGUACUGGUCAUGGACAUAGCGAACAAGCUGGCCAAGAGCUUGGGCUUGUCAGACGGCAGCGACCUCUUCAAGGGAUGGCCUUGUAACAUGAGGAUGAACAAAUACAGCUUUAACCCUGAAACUGUAGGCUCAUGCGGCAUACCGAUGCACACGGAUGGCACGUUCUUGACAUUGCUCCAGGAUGAUGAUGUAGUGGGCGGGCUUGAAGUUGUCGACAGCAAGCCUGAUUCCUUUGUAGCUGUUGAACCCUGUCCCAACACUUUCUUUGUCCUAGUCGGCGACUUGGCCGUGGCAUGGAGUAAUGGGAGGUUAAGCAGCGCGAAGCAUCAAGUACAGUGCAUAGAAGGCAGAAUCCGUGUCUCAAUCGGGACAUUUAUGUCCACGCCGACAUAUGUUGCAGUUGAAGCCCCUGAAGAGUUCGUCGACCCACUGAACCCACGUCUUUAUGUCCCCUUCACCCGUGAUGAUUACGCGAACCUCCGGCGUGAUAAGAAAAUGUACACUGAUGAAGCUCUUUCAUUCUUACUUGCUCGAUCUUGAAAAUUGUAAGCAUAUAGGAAGGAAAGACACUACUGAUAUUCACUGUUUUUUCUUCAGUCAGUUAAUCGUCAAUCAGUUAUACGUUUCGGA